AUUUUUUUUUUAACCAAUUUUUAAUAAGAAACUUGAGGCUCUAUAGUGGGAAAGUGUGCGACCCAUCUGACAACACUGCUUUGUCGUUUUUAGGUUAUGUCAUAACCUAAAAAAAAAUUGUUUAUAUUGUAUCGAGCCGAGAAUAAUGCUAUUAUUAUUUUUCCAAACUUAAUACAAUUUUCAUAGAAACAUCAUAAAAUGGUUAAUGUUGUCUAAACUAAAAUGGAUACCGAGGAGUUAAUUUUGCCGCAAGAAGAGGCUCUGCUGGGGCAAGAAACAAACGAGGACAUUUCUAUAGAGAGUGACCCAGAGACUUUAGCGCAGCCCCAAGCAGAAUUAGGUCAUGAAAAACAGUCUCCCGGUCUAAAACCGGUGAAACAUUUAAAAUUACAGUUUGCACGUAUUAAGAACAUGAUGAAAAUGGACCCAGAUGUCGAGCUGGUGCAGUACGAUGCAGUGUUCCUAGUCGCUAAAGCCACUGAAAUGUUUAUAGAAUACUUAGCAAAAGAGACUGGUAAACAAUUAGAUGUGACUAAGAAGAAAACCAUUACUAAACAUGAUGUCGAGGUGGUUAUCGAGACCUUGCCACAGCUGUGUUUCUUGGACGGGGCAUUGGAAUAAAAUGGUGUUGUUGUUUGUAAAUUAGUUUAUAAGGUGCUUUUAAAGAAAUAAAUAUUUUUAUAAAAAAUGUUAUGUGC